CUCUGGAAGGAAGCAAUGUCAGGGAUGUAUGACAUUAUAGGAUGUGCCCCAGAAAGAAUAAACACACUUGCCUUCAAGGGGUUGCUUGGGUCUAGGAUCUUCAAAAAUAAAUUGGGAUUCUGUGUGAUCGACGAAGCUCACCUAGUCAUACCUUGGUCACGAAGUUUCCGAGAAGCAUACAAAUCUGUUGGUACCCUCCGGGCACUGGUUCCC